AUGGAAGCCGCCCCGGUCAAGGCCAAGCCGCAGGGCCGCCUUCUGGUGUCCACGCAGCUCGACGCCAAAGACGAGCUGGAAGAGAAACUGGAGCGUUGCGUCGGAGUGGUGCACUCCUUGACCAAUGGCCUUUCCGAGAGAGAAGCGAACGACGCCCUGACGGCCAAUGUGUGUAAAGGCCAGCAACAGCACGAAGAGGUUUGUCUCGGUCUCUUGGCGCUUCUUCUCACCGAGCCGGCGCAGGCCCAGAGGUGUUACCGAGACCUGACCCUGGUGAACAGAGACGGAAUGAACGUGGUCCUGGUCAAGAUCAACCAGAUCCUAAUGGAAAAGUUCCUCAAGCUGCAAGACGUCCCCAGAAAGCAGUUGGUGUGGCUGGUCAGAGAGUUGGUGAAGAGCGGCGUGAUGGCGACGGACGGCGUGGUCAUGACGCUGCUCAAGCAGAUCGCGGGAGGCGACGUGUCCGCCAAGAACUUGUGGUUGGCCGAGAGCGUCCUGGACAUCCUGCUGGAGCAAAAGGAGUGGCUGGCGAAGAGCGGGAUGCUGAUCGCCAUGUCCGUCUACACGUACCUGCGGCUGAUCGUGGACCACGGCGCCCCCAACCUGCUGGCUCUCCGCCAGAAGGAAGUGGACUUUUGCAUCGGGAUGCUGCGGGAAAAGUUUUUGGAGUGCGUGAUCAUCGGCCGCGAUUUGGUGCGCCUGCUGCAGAACGUGGCUCGCAUCCCCGAGAUGGACCUCCUGUGGAGGGACUUGCUCCACAACCCUCAAGUCCUCAGUCCUCAAUUCACCGGCGUCCUCCAGCUGCUGACGGCCCGGACUUCCCGAAAGUUCCUGGCCUGCCGUCUGACCCCCGACAUGGAGACCAAGCUCCUCUUCAUGACCUCCAGGGUCCGCUUCGGGCAGCAGAAGCGCUACCAAGACUGGUUCCAGCGCCAGUACCUGUCCAUGGCGGAGAGCCAGUCGCUGCGCUGCGAUCUGAUUCGCUACAUCUGCGGCGUGGUCCACCCGUCCAACGAGGUCCUCAGCUCCGACAUCCUACCGCGCUGGGCCAUCAUCGGCUGGCUGCUCACCACCUGCACGUCCAACGUGGCCGCCUCCAACGCCAAGCUGGCGCUCUUCUACGACUGGCUGUUCUUCAACCCUGACAAGGACAGCAUCAUGAACAUAGAGCCGGCCAUUCUGGUGAUGCAUCAUUCCAUGAAGCCUCAUCCCGCCAUCACGGCAACACUGCUGGACUUUAUGUGUCGGAUCAUUCCUCACUUCUUCCCUCCGUUGGAAGUUCAAGUUCGUCAGGGCGUCUUCAACUCGCUCACGUUCAUCAUGGAGAAGCGAGUGCUGGCGCACCUGGCGCCGUUGUUCGACAAUCCCAAGCUGGACCGAGAACUUCGCUCCAUGCUCAGAGAAAGGUUUCCGGAGUUCUGCGGCGCCCCCUCGCCGCCGACAGAAGUGAAAAUGGAGGAGAUGGCGUCUAUGGAGAUGGAGCACAUGUUGGACAAGGAAGAAGGUUGCUACGACAACACGGAAGCCGCCUUCAGCGACGACGAGGAGGAGGUCAACAGCAAAGGAAAGAAGCGCGAGUUCCGCUUUCAUCCCAUCAGAGAGGCCGUCGCGGAGGAGCCCGCCGACAUCACGCCCUGGCUCCACCAAUUGGAGGACACCAUGAGGGACAAGGUGGUCCAGCUGCAGAAGUCCAGCGAUACGGAGACGCAGUGCGAAGUCAUGCAGGACAUCGUGGACCUCAUCCUGGAGGAGGACUUUGACACGGAGCAGAUGUCGGCUUUAGCCUCCUGUCUGGCGGAAAUCUUCAAAGAACAUUUCCGCGGGGACGUCCUCCCCGAAGACAUCACCGACGAGUCUCUGGAGGAGUCGGUGUGCAAGGCGGUGUGUCUGGUCUUCCGCAACUUGGUGACCAUGCAGGAGGACAACAGCGGCUUCUCCGUUCUUCUGGACAUGCUGGCCGAACUUUACCAGAAGCAGCCCAAGAUCGGUUACCACCUGCUCUACUACCUCAAAGCCAGCAAAGCGGCCAACGGCAAGAUGAUGCUGUACGAGUCCUUCGCUCAGGCCACGGCGCUGGGCGACCUUCACACGUGCCUCAUGAUGGACAUGAAGGCGUGUCAGGAGGAUGACGUCCGAUUGCUCUGCUACCUGACGCCCUCCAUCUACUCUGAGUUUCCGGACGAGACGUUGCGAAGCGGCGAGCUGCUCAACAUGAUCGUGGCAGUCAUCGAUUCUACUCAGUUGCAGGAGUUGAUGUGUCACGUGAUGAUGGGCAACCUGGUCAUGUUCCGCAAGGAUUCGGUCCUCAACAUCCUCAUCCAGUCGUUAGACUGGGAGACUUUUGAGCAGUACAGCACGUGGCAGCUUUUCCUGGCGCACAGCAUUCCCCUGGAGGCCAUCAUACCCAUCCUGCAGCACCUCAAAUACAAAGAACACCCCGAGGCCCUGUCCUGCCUGCUCCUGCAACUACGGCGGGAAAAACCCAGCGAGGAGAUGGUGAAGAUGGUUUUGAGCAGGCCUUGCCACAGCGAGGACCAGUUCACCACCAGCCUCCUGCGCCACUGGGCGUCCAAACACGACGACACGCUGGCCGAACACAUCAAGGCGCAGCUCAUCAAGAACAACAACCAACCGCGGAAGAGGCAGAGUCUCCGCAGCUCCAGCAGCAAACUGGCUCAGCUGACCCUGGAGCAGAUCCUGGAACACCUGGACAACCUCAGGUUGAGUCUCAACAACACCAAGAACAGCUUCUUCAGCCAGACGCCCAUCCUGCAGGCCCUGCAGCACGUUCAGGCCAGUUGCGACGAAGGACACAAAAUGAGGUUCAGCGACCUCUUCGCCCUGGCCGAAGAAUACGAAGAUUCGCAGGCCAAGCCGCCCAAGUCUCGGCGCAAGGCGGCCGCCACUUCGCCGCGGUCCAGGAAAGGCGCGGCGCCCCCCAGCAACAACGAGGAGGAGAGCGCGUCCAGCAGCGCCUCGGAGGAGGAAGACUCCAAGCCCAAAGCUCCCAAGAGGAAGAGGAAAUGCUCGUCGGCCGUGGCGUCGGACAGCGACUGA